ACAACCAAAAAGUUCUAGAAAUUCUGUUGUAGGAUUCUUCUUCCGCAUAACCGCCAUUGCUGUCACCUCCUUACUUUAUAUAAGGCCCCAAGAGCUUCAUUAUCUUUCCGGUGCUAUGUAAUGUGGUAAAGAUUAUAUCACAUAUAUAAGUUUAUAACUAAUGGAAGGUGGUUUUAUGGCAACGUCGCAGUCUUAUUACGAAGUCCUUGGCGUCGCAGUUGAUUCUUCGGCGGAGGAGAUACGAAGAGCUUAUCGGAAACUGGCUAUGAAAUGGCAUCCUGAUCGAUGGACGAAAGAUCCUUUUAGGUCUGGAGAAGCGAAACGAAGGUUUCAGCAAAUUCAAGAAGCUUAUUCAGUAUUGUCGGAUCAGAAGAAACGAAGUUUGUACGAUGUGGGACUCUAUGAUACUCAAGAAGAUGAGGGAUAUUAUGACUUCGUUGAGGAGAUGGUUUCUCUUAUGGCUCAGACGAGAAGAGAGGAAAAGCAAUAUAGCUUGCAGGAGUUGCAGACAAUGGUCGAUGAUAUGGUCUAUGAGUUCCAAUCAGAACCAUUAUUCCAGAACCAACCAACGGGUAUGAAAUUCGACCUGAACCAACCGGCAGAUUGGUCCUCGCACAUGUCUCUACCGGUUUCAAGCUUUGAGUUCUGUCCUCAGAGCAGCUACUGUAACUAGAUCAACAUACUCAAUAGUCUGGAUUUUGAACUUUGAUCUUACGGAAUAACGAUUGAAGAACCACGGUCCUUGGCCUCAGAGUCUCAUGACAGUCUACAGUUAUCUUUUUACUUGUGGGGCAAGAAUCUCGUGCUCUGGGAGUUUUCACGUUUUGCUGUUGUUGACAAGUAGCCCUCGAAACUGCCAGGGUUGUGUGAAUAAUGUUUGUAAUGUUUCAGAAAGCGUAGGUCUGUAAUUGCGUUUUUUUCUAGUGCUUUUGUACUGUUGAACUAUCACCGAACAGAGAAGUUGAAAACCAUUGCAUAUCUU